AUGGAAUUUCUGUUUGGACUUAUUGCUCUGGUCAGCAUCUUCUAUUACGCGGAAGGGCACGGACGAAUGAUAGAUCCACCCAUGCGAUCCUCCAUGUGGCGGUAUGGAUUCAACACGCCAAAAAAUUAUAAUGAUAACGAACUCAACUGUGGCGGCUUUGUGGAAAUGAUGGAAAAGGCGAAUGGAAAGUGUGGAAUAUGCGGUGAUCCAUAUCUCAAGGCUCGCGAAAACGAGGCUGGCGGGAAAUACGCUCUUGGAAUUAUAACCAAACAGUAUAAAGUGGGAUCGGUGAUCAAUAUCACAAUAGAACUCACAACAAACCACAAGGGGUAUUUUGAGUUCCGGCUCUGUCCACAGAACAAUCCUUACACCCCCAUUACAGAAGCUUGCUUAGAGAAACACGUGUUAAACAUAAUGGGAUACGGGAAACGAUACAUGAUCUAUGAUGAGAAAACUCUCAUGUUGGAUAUGAAACUUCUACUUCCGCCGGGCCUGAAGUGCUCCCAGUGUGUCCUGCAGUGGAAAUGGAGAGCAGCACAAAAUAGAGGCAUCGACAAAGGAACAGGAAAGGAAUGCUUUGGAUGCGGACCGCAAGAAUAUUUUGUGAACUGUGCAGAUAUAGCUAUUGGGGAUAAGGCUAUUAGCCGCAUUCCCAAGCCGGCUACCACCAGAGCACCAAUUACCCAAGGGCCGAAACUGAGUGUAACACGGACCACAAUUACCAGGAAAGAAAUCCCCAAGACACCGCGCACGGAUAUCGCUCAGCAGUACCAACCACAUCAAUAUCACGAAUCGGCAUUUAAUAAUGAAAACUUUCAAGAGGCUAUUGCGGAUCGCGUAUUCCUGGAUCUUAUUGGUCAAAGUACAUUAUAUAUUGACCCAUCACUGCAUUUUGAUACCUUGAAUAAUCAGCAACCAACACAAAACCAGUACGUGGAACAACCAUCUACAAAUCAAAAUUUCGGACCAGCUUACAAUCCGUUUUUCAAUGAUUUCCUUACCCCCAAUGCUCCCCCUUUGCUUGAUUUUAAUUCCGCGGGAACCUCGCGGCAGCCCGGGCCCUCGAUGUCAUUACAAGCAGCAACAGCUGGGCAGUAUUAUACCUCGCAGUCUGUCAUGGCGGCCGCUGCCAUUUUGUCAACGCUUGCCGGUGAGACCGGAAGUGAUAAUGCCUAUGUAGAAUGCGCAGAAAGUGCGCAGCCGACUUGUAAAGGUAAUACAAUGUGGGGAGAUGGACGCUCAAACGACCGAUUCUGUGGCUCUAUUUGCCCACAAGGACAUUGCCCAAUGUCGAUGUGCAUGUGCACAUGUCCCGCCAGAAAACGAAUUUUUGUGAAAGGAAAUACGUCACCCACUGGCGGGGGACCGAAAUGCUUUGCAAUAGACGCGUGGGAUCAACACGUGAACAACUUGUGUGCAACGAACUGUAAGCCGAACCAGAUGGACUUCUGCCCAUCCGAUAUAUGCACGUGCGAGAUGUGGGGCAUAUAGAAACAGACAGUGAUUGUAUCAAUCGCUUGAAACCAGAGGUGACUUACAAUUGAUGACAGACAUGAAGUUGUUACAUAUGAAAGCUAUUGAAAUGAUGUAUGGCGCACCAGCAAUAUCUUUAGAACAAUUGCUAAGGCGCUUUCUGUGCAAGAAAUCCAUUCAACAAAAAUUAUUUAUUUCAAUUGAUGAGAAAGAUUAUAUCAGUGAUUUAAAAAACCAAAUGUGCAGUAAUACAUGUGCAUUGUUUGCAAUAAUAAGAAUUGAAUUGAUAAGAUAUCGUGUAAAAAAAAAAUAAGGUCCUUUACGCAUUUUCGUGGUUUAUGAAGCGUAAACGACCUGAAACCAUUUCAAACAUUUGUUAUUUAUUCCUUCUAUAUUUAUAUGUAUAUCCCAAGUAAUGUGUAAAUUGUUGCACCAGAUGAAAUAUUUGAAUUUUU